UUCAAAGUUUUGAUUUUAAUAAAUCUCGCUGCUUAUACGCCAUAAAAAGAGGAAAAAACACCUCUCUUUAAUUCAUUUUUUUAUUUCAUAAUAUUUCACCUGUAGGGAUUUGUAUUUGGUAUAUAAAUAUGAUAUAACUUUUAGUAACUAAAUCUUUAUUACAGAUUGUUAUUAGAUUGAGAACCAAUCAGAGCAAUGGCUGUGAACGCUGCUCCUAUAACAGCGACUGAUAGUUUAUCACAAGCUUUAAAAGCAAACAUUAUACCUAACCAAGAAUAUUUAUUGCAAGGCUCAGUUUUAGAUUCGGCUGUUGAAGUUCUUUUACACAGACUUCGUGGUCUCUGCGACAAUGUUGACGCAGGUCCAGAAACGUUUGAUGAUCAAGAAGUUUGUUUUAGUUUAAGAGAUCCUAAUCAGCAGUCAACACCAUUGACCCUGCGAGUGAGAAAGGCAUUAGAUGCAAGAGACAUGCCAUACCAGUUGAGAUAUAUUGGUCAGCCAGAUUUAGGAGACAAAAAUAGACCAACUGUUGUAAGAUCAAGCCUUGAUAUAGCUUGUAGUGGAAUGCUCAUUGAAUUCCUUAAUGAAUUAGGAUGUCGAAUAGAAUUUGAAUAUAGUGUUAAAGGAUACAUGUUUAGAAAAGGAAGAAUGAAAAUAACAGUAGCAAAGGUGUUUAAAAUAUCUCAGAGUUCAAUGCCUCCAGAACCCAUUUCACAGAGUUAUCUUGUUGAAUUAUCUGUAUUAGCCCCUCAAGGACAAGAUGCUAUUGGUGAAGAUAUGCGUGCCUUUGCCGACCAGCUAAGACCACUUGUGCAACUAGAUAAAAUAGAUUAUAAGCGACUUGGUCACAUGUCUGUCACAUAGCCAAUGUUUCUUACUUAGGUAGGCUUUACACUUAUUACUUGAAAACAGAAAGAGUUAAGCAUAAAGCCUUCCUUAGUAAAAACAUGCUACAAUAAUGAGCCCAUACCAUAUGGGAGACCUUUUUGCAAACCUAAACACACAGUUUUAAAUAAUAAUACAUGCUACAAAAUUGUGCUGUGUGCAUCAAACUUAUACAUUUCGAUAAUAGUUUAUAAUUUUGUACAUACAAUUCUCUUUAAUCUCACUUUUUUUGUACACCAACAAAAUAUAUAUGUAGAAAAUAGACGAGAAAUACGUAAAAGAGGUACAUGUACUGUUAAGCAGAGAUGUUUUUUCUGGCAACUUUAAGAGGAAAAAAUGGUAAUAUUGGUUUUUUUUUAAUAAAGCACAUUAAACUCAAGUCAUUUGUUUAUUGUCAGUUAUUAGAUGGCAAUUUUUUUUUUGAUAAAAUCUAAAUAAUAUACUUCAUAGUUCCUAUUGAAAAUUAUUACAAUAACGUGUAAACAAUUGUUAUUAAAAAUACUCUGCUUAAUAUUAGAGAAAAUACGAUAUCAACACUUCUAAAAUACGAUUAUCAAAUUUAUUGCCGUUGGUCUUUGUUUUAAAUGUAAUAUGAAAUAUUCAAGUUACAUAAACACAAUAGGUUAAAACAAAUAGAAAAUGGAAAAGUUCAUAAACGCAUAUUAUAAAUUGUAUUUUUUAUGCUCAAUCAUUGUAAGAAAUAAACAA